AUGGCUGACCAGGAACAUGAGCAGCAGCAGCAGCAGCAACAACAACAACAACAACAGCAGCAACCGCAGUCGUGGAGGGAUAAUAACACGGAGGAAAAGACGUUGCCGAGCAAGCACUGGACGCCCUCGGAGAUUAAGAAACGCAGGUUCCUCAACAGUGUGCGUACCAAGUACCCCAAGAAAUGCGUGACGAUGAAAGCCGCAGUGCUGGACGAUCUGCUCAGCCAGUUUGUCGCGCGAAAGAAUAAACGCCCGCUCGACGACUCCUGCAAGGAGCGUGCGAAGGAUAGACUCAAUUGUGUACAAAAGUCGGACACAAAGCCACAUUAUUAUAAGAAGCUACAAAAUGCAGCGUUACUAUUAAAGGAAGAUGAUAACAAUAUUUCAGAAUUAGUAACUCAAAUAAAAUCUUCGAACUUCAAGAUCACAGCAGAUAACAUUAAUCGUACUGUAUCAACAAUGAGUUGUUUUGAUAAAACAUCACAGGAACCCUCAUUGGAUAUACAUGGUGGAAGUUCAUUGGAUAUCAGAUCUGCUAUGCCAGGAACAUUGGAAAAUGUCAGUAUUUAUUGUGAUUCGUACCAUAUAAAUGACAGUACAAACAAUAAGGCUCCAUGUAUGGAUUUUGUUGGUUAGUCGGUAUCAUUGGAUAUUGGUGCUAACGUACCUGCAGGUUCACAGUUAUCGGUUAUCGAACCUCAGAGUUUAAUUAAUUUCUCUCGCAGAUUUAGAGAAUAAGCUUAAUUUUAUAUAAUAAUUGGACAAUU